AUGCCUUUCUUCAUGCCCGAGUUUCAAGGCGGAUCCUACAACCCUUGGGAUGGCCCCGAAGGGGGAUGCACAGAGGAUACUGGUGCGGAAUUUGCCAAUUUGUUCUACAGGUGGAACAUCGCUCAGCGAGUUACCGCCAUGAGUCUAUACAUGAUGUACGGAGGCACCAACUGGGGGGGGCUCGCGGCGCCAGUUACUGCCACCAGUUAUGAUUACUCUGCUCCCAUCUCAGAGGACCGGUCGAUUGGAUCCAAGUAUUAUGAGACGAAGCUGCUCGCCUUGUUCACUCGUUGCGCCAAGGAUCUAACAAUGACCGACCGGAUCGAUAAUGGAACACAGUAUACCACCAAUGCCGCCAUCAGUGCGACCGAGUUGCGAAACCCAGAAACCAACGCUGCCUUUUACGUGACAAAUCACCUAGACACCACUCUAGGAACGGAUGAGUCUUUCAAGCUGCAUGUCGAUACGUCCGAGGGAGCUCUUACUAUCCCUAAACAUGGAGGCGCCAUCAGACUCAAUGGCCACCAAUCCAAGAUUAUCGUGACUGAUUUCCGACUAGGCCGCGAAACACUCCUAUACUCCACGGCAGAGGUCUUGACAUAUGCAGUCUUUGAUAAAAAGCCGACUCUUGUGCUUUGGGUUCCCGCCGGUGAAUCUGGAGAAUUUGCGAUCAAGGGUGCGAAAAGGGGAUCCGCCACGACAUGCUCCGACUGUUCUCCGGUCGAGUUCCACCGAAGCAAAGAAUCUUUGACUGUCAGCUUCACUCAAGCUGAUGGUAUAAGCAUUGUACAGCUCGAUAACGGUGUGCGAGUCCUUUUGCUUGAUAGACCUUCGGCAUAUACCUUUUGGGCUCCGGCAUUGACUGAUGAUCCGCUUGUUCCUGAGACCGAGAGUGUCUUCGUUAGUGGCCCUUACCUAGUUCGAUCUGCCAAACUCUCCGGAUCUACGUUGGCUCUGCGAGGAGAUUCAAACGGCAAGACAGCCAUAGAGGUCUUUGCUCCUAAGAAAGUGAACAAGAUCACAUGGAACGGAAGAAGGAUCAAGGUAACCAAGACACGGUACGGCAGCCUCAAAGCCAGUCUCGCGAGCGCGCCCUCCAUUGAACUACCCGCUCUGGAUGGGUGGAAAGUCAGCGACAGUCUGCCAGAGCGACUCCCAGCCUACGACGACUCUGGUGCAGCAUGGGUUGAUGCCGACCAUAUGACAACUCCCAACCCUCAUAAGCCGGCCACACUCCCCGUUCUAUACGCCGAUGAAUAUGGAUUCCACAACGGCGUACGCCUUUGGCGCGGAUACUUCAACAGCUCCGCCUCUGGCGUCUUCCUCAACAUCCAAGGUGGCGCCGCAUUCGGCUGGUCUGCCUAUCUAAAUGGCCACUUCCUCGACUCCUACCUGGGUGACGCAUCAACCAACCAGGCAAACGGCACCCUCUCAUUCCCAGACGAUACCCUAAACACAGAUGGGACCCCCAACGUCCUCCUAGUCAUCCAUGACGACACAGGCCACGACCAAACAACGGGCGUCCUCAACCCGCGCGGAAUCCUCGAGGCUCGCCUUCUUCCCCUCGACACCGAAUCCGACACCGAAGCGCCAGAGUUUACGCACUGGCGCGUCGCCGGCACCGCAGGCGGAGAAUCAGACCUCGACCCCGUGCGCGGCGUCUACAACGAAGACGGCCUCUUCGCCGAGCGCGUCGGCUGGCAUCUCCCGGGCUUCGAUGACGACGAUUGGCCAGCAGCCAACAACUCCCUCAGCUUUACCGGUGCAACGGUCAAGUUCUUCCGCACCGUGAUUCCGCCGCUCGAUAUCCCGCAGGGGGUAGACGUGUCCAUCUCCUUUGUUUUCUCCGCCUCGUCUGGUGGCAACAGCAGCAGCAGUAGCAGCAGCACUGGUGGGAAUACGAGGGCUUUCCGUGCGCAGCUUUUCGUGAACGGUUACCAGUACGGUCGGUUUAAUCCUUACGUGGGUAAUCAGAUCGUGUACCCUGUUCCGCCGGGGAUUCUCGACUACAAUGGCGAGAACACGAUUGGAGUCGCGGUUUGGGCGCAGACGGAGGCGGGCGCAAGUUUGGAGUUGGAUUGGAGGGUUAACUAUGUUGUUGAUAGUUCCCUCGAUGUUGCGAACCUGGAUGUGGGUGGCUUAAGACCCGAGUGGGAAGAGGAACGGCUAUCUUUUGCCUGA